CCGCUCGUCACACCGCGCGGUUGGCAAUGGCGGACGAGGAGCUGCUGCUGAACGUCACCACUGACCCGAACUUCCCGGUGUUUCACCGCAAUCAGAGAGUCCGGCGCCAGGCCCAGGGCAGAGGGUCAAAAAAUCCUGGAAAAACGAAACGUAAAUUGCUGGAGACUUCUGCGAUUGUUCCCUUGCCUUCGAAGCCCACCAACAAAUCAAACCUUGCUGUAAAGAGGAAGAAGAAUUCUGAGCCACCUCAGGAUGAACAGUCACCACCGAAGAAAUGGAACACGGGGAGAUCCGGGGAGAAGGAGGAGACGAGAAGCAUGGCUCCUGUCAAAACCUCCUCCCUUUUCAGGAAUAACCCUGAGCUGCCAGAGAUACACAGCCAGCCAGUCAGUACGUUGAAGGAAAAGGUUUUUACCACAGACUCGUUCAGUGAGCUGGAUGUCCACCCACACCUGGUCUCGACACUCAACAAAGUGCUGAACGUCUCCAGUAUGACCAGCAUUCAGAAGAAAACAAUCCCGGUGCUGCUGAGCGGAAACGAUGCUCUUGUCCGAUCACAGACUGGCUCAGGUAAAACGUUAGCCUAUGCUAUCCCCCUGGUCCAAUCGCUGCAGGCAAUUCAACCCAAAAUUCAGCGGAGUGACGGGCCAUGUGCAGUGGUAUUGGUCCCAACCAGAGAGCUUGCUCUGCAAAGCUUUGAAGCCAUUCAGAAACUGCUUAAGCCAUUUACAUGGAUUGUCCCAGGAAUCUUGAUGGGUGGAGAAAAGCGGAAAUCCGAGAAAGCCAGGCUAAGGAAAGGUAUAAACAUUCUGGUCACCACCCCAGGCCGCCUGCUGGACCAUAUCAAACACACCAAGAGCAUUAGUUUCCGGCGAGUCCAGUGGUUUAUUAUUGAUGAAGCUGACCGGCUGCUGGAUCUGGGCUUCGAGAAGGAUGUUGCUGCAAUACUGAACGCUCUGAAUGCAACGCAAGAGAAACGCCAGAAUGUGCUGCUGUCGGCCACCCUCACAGAUGGAGUGAGUCGAUUGGCUGGAAUCAGUUUAAGAGAGCCAGUGAACAUACAGGUCACCGAAGCACAUGUGGGGGAGCCUACGUCAGAAGCUGGAGCGAACGAGGAGGUGGUGUGCCAGGGGAACGCAGAGAGAGACUCGGACGGCUAUUCUAUUCCAGAGCAGCUCCAACAACUGAUCGUGCUGGUGCCAAGCAAACUGCGUCUGGUUACACUGUCGGCGUUUAUACUUCAGAAGUGCAAGUUCGAAGGCCCCCAGAAAAUGAUGAUCUUUUUCUCCAGUUGCGAGGCGGUAGAGUUUCACAACAACCUCUUCACCAAGGUUCUCACCACGCACACAGCUGGUGGAGAAGCCAAGCCAUCUCCCCACGAGGUGCAGUUUCUGCGACUGCAUGGGAACAUGGAGCAGGAGGCACGAACCAAGGUUUUCACAGAGUUUUCACAGUCCAAGGCGGGUGUGCUGCUCUGCACAGAUGUCGCGGCCCGCGGCCUGGACCUGCCCCAAGUCACGUGGAUUGUCCAGUACAGCGCGCCACCCUCGCCCGCCGAGUACGUUCACAGGGUGGGCCGGACCGCACGGAUCGGCUCUUGUGGGAAUGCCCUGCUCUUCCUCACUCCAUCCGAAGUGGAGUAUGCGGAGCUCCUGGCCUCUCGGCAGAUCAGGGUCUCUGAGAUCAAGCUGGAAAGCAUCAUGUCUGCUCUGACAGUGGAACAACGAAAAGGAAAGGCACCUGGACACAAGUCCCAGCUCCCUGCCUCUCAGGCAGCAAGAGAGCAAGCAACAGCUUUGCAGACUCAAUAUGAAAACUACGUGCAUUCAACCAAAGAGACCCUUCUGCAAGCCAAGACAGCGCUACAAUCAUACAUCCGAGCCUACGCCACCUACCCCAGCGACCUGAAGCACAUCUUCUACGUGAAGAACCUUCACCUGGGACAUGCGGCCAAGAGCUUCGGGCUGAGAGAUGCCCCACAGAGAUUGGGGGGAAAGCUGGGAGUCCCUCGGAAGAGGAAACCUGAACGCUCUGGCCUGACUGGGAAAGCCACCUACAAGAUGCGGUUGACCAGGAUGCUUCAGUCGGAAUACGCCAGCGGACUUGGACCCACCUUGUCGAGUGUCAGGAAACAGCGGAAACAUCAGCGAUUGGGGGUCAGUGAACAACUGACCUGAGUUAGUGAACUCCAGCAACACAGAGCACUGGAGCUAACCCCAGAGCACUGGAGCUCCACUACCAGCCCACUGCUGAACUGAAAUGCUGGACAUUAGCGGACUUCAUCUGGGAAUUUUUUUAGGGGAGGAUGAAAUAAAUCUGUCUGUGUGCAAUAAA